UGAUCAUAAAAUGCUUACCUAAUCUGAUCCCCACCUUUAUGCCAUGGAGAUCUUUUGUGGCUGAGUGGAAUUUUGUUAUACAUAUUAAGUCGGGAGAUCUCUAACCUUGAUGAUUUGAACCUUGUUACACUUUCGUUCGUUCAGUAUACCACAUUCGUUUCUUCAAUAUGUUUUUCAAAUUGGGUUUGCUUCUUAGAUCUAUUCCCCUGGCGUUGGGAAAGGUUCAAUUUAUGGGAAUGAACAUCGCUGGACUUGAUUUUGGAUGCGCGAUUGAUGGAACAUGUCCAAUAUCAUCUGCUCAAAUACCUCUGAGCACAUUGGGAGGAGGAGAUGGAUUAGGACAAAUGCAACACUUUGUUGCGGAUAAUCAGAUGAACAUAUUUCGACUACCUGUUUCAUGGCAAUACCUCGUGAACAAUCAAUUAGGAGGAACACUUGACUCAAGAAACUUUGGCAAAUAUGACCAAUUGAUGCAAGCCUGCUUGUCAACCAGCGAGACCACUUUCUGUGCCAUCGACAUCCACAAUUUCGCUCGAUGGAACGGAGCAAUUAUUGGCCAAAGUUCGGGAGUGACUAACGAUCAAUUUACCAGCCUUUGGACUCAACUUGCCAUCAAGUAUGCAAGCAGCACUAGAGUUGUGUUUGGUAUCAUGAAUGAACCUCAUGAUCUCGACGUUCCAACUUGGGCAAAUACAGUUCAAUUGGCUGUCACGGCAAUCAGGAAUGCAGGAGCUUCUUCGCAAAUGAUUUUGAUGCCAGGGACGAACUUUGCCAGUGCUGGACAAUUCGUUAGCAGUGGUUCUGCGGACGCUUUGCUGAAUGUUACCAACCCAGAUGGAACAACUGCAGCAUUGGUGUAUGAUCUUCACAAGUAUCUUGAUGUCGAUAACUCGGGAACUCAUGCAGACUGCACGACGGACAAUAUUGAGGAUGCUUUUGCCAUUGCUGCUGCAUAUCUCCGAUGGAAGGGCAGAUUCGGGUUGGUUAGCGAGACUGGUGCAGGCAGCACAUCAUCUUGCUUCACUGAUUUCUGUGCCCAGAACACAUUCUUGAAUCAAAACUCCGACGUGUUCUUGGGCUACAUUGCGUGGGCAGCAGGAAGCUUCUCAACUUCUUAUCUCCUGAGCUUGACUCCCUCAAAAUCGAACGGAAAAUAUGUCGACAAUGCACUCGCAUCUCAAUGUGUGGUCUCGCCUUGGUUGAAUGCCGGUACUGCGAUUGUUACUUCGCCUAUCCCAUCAGCAAUUGGUUCAUCCGCAGCAACGAGUGUAGGGGCAAUUGUGAUUGGUGCUCCUUCAAGUGCUGCUGCAAGUACCACUGAUGCCAGCGGAUCAAGCCCUUCGACUGUAGCUACGGAAGCAAGUACACUAGCCACGAGUACUUCGAGUGUGACACCUGCGGGUAAUUUUUCUGCUUCAGCAGCACCAACGACUUCGUCAGCGAGUACAGCAACUCAGGUUGUGUCGACAGGUGGGGCGGAAAUGAAGCAAUACGCCGGAGGAUUGCUAGCUGGGAGUUUGUUCGUUGCUUUGAUACUUUAAUGUUAAUGGAAUUAAUUGGGUUUGCUUUGAAUACACUCCCACUGGUGCUGCCAUAUUUGAGUUCAUUGUCGGUUUUCACAAAACUUCCCCCUUUCUCGCUUAUGCUUAAAGUAAGCCGCCAAAACUCGGAAGCAAUGCUUACUGGAGCUAAUUCGAACGUUAUCCAUAAGUAGCAGAUGUAACACCAGUUGACUGAACGUAGACUACGACCAAACUGCAACAGAGCAUCAUGAGAAGAUCCAAGAGAACAGAAAGGCGGUUCGAAG